UGGUACCGCUGGCGGCGCCCGGGGCGGGCGGGCUGUCCCCAAGCCCCCUGGGAAGGAAGUCUGUGUCUCAGGCUGGCAGCCUCGAAGCCUUGGGACGGCGAGGUCAAAGUGACAGGAGGGCGCCGCGAACCCUUCGUUUCUCGGCCUUUGGAGCGGUCGCCCUGGCACCCAGAUAUCUCCUUGGGAUUACUUGAGGGGGAGGUCAGAGGGCCCCACCUGAAGGCCUGCCCCCAAGGCCCCCAAUCUUUUGGGGUGAAGGGCCGUCUGGGCAGAAUGUCACCAUGGAUGAGGGGGGCACGCCCCUGCUCCCCGACAGCCUGGUCUACCAGAUCUUCCUGAGCUUGGGCCCGGCGGACGUGCUGGCCGCCGGGCUGGUGUGCCGCCAGUGGCAGGCCGUGUCCCGAGACGAGUUCCUGUGGAGGGAGCAGUUCUAUCGCUACUACCAGGUGGCCCGCGACGUGCCCCGGCACCCAGCGGCCACAUCCUGGUACGAGGAGUUCCGGCGGCUCUACGACACCGUGCCCUGCGUGGAGGUGCAGACGCUCCGGGAGCACACUGACCAGGUGCUGCACCUCAGCUUCUCCCACUCGGGCUACCAGUUUGCUUCCUGCUCCAAGGACUGCACCGUGAAGAUCUGGAACAACGACCUGACCAUCUCGCUGCUGCACAGCGCGGACAUGCGGCCCUACAACUGGAGCUACACCCAGUUCUCCCAGUUCAACCAGGACGACUCGCUGCUGCUGGCCUCGGGCGUGUUCCUGGGGCCCCACAAUGCCUCCUCCGGCGAGAUUGCCGUCAUCAGCCUGGACAACUUCACGCUGCUGUCCCGUGUGCGCAACAAGCCUUACGACGUCUUCGGCUGCUGGCUCACGGAGACCAGCCUGAUCUCGGGGAACCUGCACCGCAUCGGAGACAUUACCUCCUGCUCGGUGCUCUGGCUCAACAACGCCUUCCAGGACAUUGAGUCUGAGAACGUCAACGUGGUAAAGAGGCUCUUCAAAAUCCAGAACCUCAACGCCAGCACCAUCCGCACCGUGAUGGUGGCCGACUGCAGUCGCUUCGACAGCCCCGACCUCCUCCUGGACGCCAGCACACCCCCCAGCCGCGUCUUCGACCUGGGAGGGGACGGUGACACCGAGGACGAAGAUGAGGCAGCCAGCCCGGCGCCCGUGCGGGCCAAGGACGGCCUGCGGCGCCUCCUGGAUGGGCUGCUAGACGCGCGGACACAGCCGCAGCUGGCGGAGCGUGCGCUGGAGACCAAGGUGGCGGAGCUGCUGGCCCAGGGCCGCACCAAGCCCCCGGAGCGCAGCGCAGCCAGUGCCCUGAACAAGCUCCUCAUCUUCACCACGGGCUGUCUCACCUACUCGCCGCACCAGAUCGGCAUCAAGCACAUCCUGCCGCACCAGAUGACCACGGCCGGGCCGGUGCUGGGCGAGGGGCGGGGCUCCGACGCCUUCUUCGAUGCCCUGGACCACGUGAUCGACGUGCGCGGACACAUCAUCGGCAUGGGCCUGUCUCCCGACAACAGGUACCUGUAUGUGAACAGCCGCGCCUGGCCCAGUGGCUCUGUGGUGGCCGACCCCAUGCAGCCGCCGCCCAUCGCUGAGGAGAUCGACCUGCUGGUGUUCGACCUCAAGACCAUGCGGGAGGUGAAGCGGGCCCUGCGUGCGCACCGCGCCUACACGCCCAACGACGAGUGCUUCUUCAUCUUCCUGGACGUGAGCAAGGACUUUGUGGCCAGUGGCGCCGAGGACCGGCACGGCUACAUCUGGGACCGCCACUACAACAUCUGCCUGGCCAAGCUGCGGCACCAGGACGUGGUCAACUCGGUGGUCUUCAGCCCUCAGGAGCAGGAGCUGCUGCUGACGGCCAGCGACGACGCCACCAUCAAAGCCUGGCGCUCGCCCCGCACUGUGCGCAUCCACCGGGCCCCGCGCCCACGCAGCUUCUUCUCCUGGUUUGCCAGCCCGAGGCGCUGAGGGCCACGGGCCGACAGGAGUGCCCCGCGUGUCCUCCGGCUGCUGGGACCCAUUGAGGACGCAGUAGAGGCUGUGGCUGUUCCCCAUGGCUGAGCUGCUGCCCAGACUGCGUGGGGGGCGGAGAAGCUCGCAGCAGUAACGCCUCAGGAAGGGGGUCUGGCGGGGAGUGGGCGGCCUGACCCCCACCACGCUCACACACGCUCGCCACCUCCCACAGCCUUGAUGCUUAGCACUGGGGUGCCUGGGUAGCCUCCUGGCUGAUGUGGGGUGCACAGGACACUGGGAACCCCAUCUUCACUCACCCCUCUCCCCGGGCCUGGGCCCUGGGACGUCAGCACACCUCCCCUGGCUGGCCCUCUGGGCCCCUGGGUGGCGUCCCUGGUCCGACCUCAUCUGGGAGCCCCAGGCUCCCCCGUGGCCGGUGGUGUGGGUCUGCUGUAGGCCUGGGUGAGCUGCAUGUCACUAGUCACCUGUUCAGGACCCGAAUAAACAGUUGGCAAUAGCAUGCCGCCGUCCAGUCUGUGUGAGCUAGUGCGGACGCGCAGCCCCCAGCAAGACACUGAUGCGAGUCCAGCGGCCUUGAAGGCCAAGGGCAGGGCGCCUGAGGCUGCGGGCUGGCCCAGCGCCCGGGGAGGCCGCCCGCGCUGCUGGUCAACGGUGCAGGGAACCAUUCACAGGGCGUCUGGUCAGAUGAAACUCCCAGACGUCAGGGGUGGGGGCCGGAGGACCUGCCGGUCCGAGCGUGCGCAGGAGGACCGGCUGCCCCUUGCGCCGCGCUCGCUCACUGCAGCCAGGCAGGAGCCAAGGAACGAUACCGUCCCUGUUCACAGGUGACGUAACGUUUAGGGAUAAAAUCCCCCAUGAUGUAUGAAAACCUCCAAUAACCUCCUAGAAGCAGAAAGUGCACUUAGGAAGCUUAUAGGCUGCAAGGGUAAUGCAGAAAUGAACCAGGCCUCUCUAAACGCUAGGAACAUACGCCUGGAAACCAAAAUCUAAAAGCCAAGGCCUUCUGCAUUGGCUGGAAAGAGAAACGCUCAGGUACAAGCCUCACAAAACACGCACGGGCGUGGACGCAGAAUUCUGCCACGUGGUCCCAGCCCGGGGCCUGCGCAGAGGCCCCUCCCCGCGGGGCUUGGGGUUCCAGGAGACACAGUCAGGGCAACUGUGAACACCUCUGUACCCACCAAGGAGCAAACACCGCUCAGACAACAGUGAAAAGGACGGAGCU